CUGUAGCAGCAGCUGCGUCUUAUCAACAGUCUUAUCUACGACCGCGGUAACCAAAACACAGCGAGACACCGGGUUGAAGUUGGCCGCGGGCAUCAAACCUAGGUGCGACAUUCGUGCCGAAACGACGGCCCAAAGUUCAGCAGGGCGGGGACGGGCCACCUCCACCGCUACCAGCAGCAGGCGCCGAGCAGCCAGCAGACCAGCAGGCACAGCUGAAGCCAGCCAGCGCCCAGUAGCAUCGGAUGUCCACGUUCGUUGGUUCACUCGACUUUUUGAGAAUCGUGGUCGUGGCGGUGACGGCGCCACUCGUGUUUUUGUUGUGGUUCUUCUCCCGGCCUCCCGUUCUCGUUUCGUCGGUUUUAUUCUUCGGUCCAUCCUGGUGCUAUUUCGACUGUCCAUCGUCGUCGCCAACCUCGUAAAGAUUGUCCCUUCCGUGUUGAAUCAUUUCUGUCCACUCGUUACCUUCUAGAACCGUCAUUGCCUGGGGUCUCCUAUCAAGACCAACGAACACAUAUUACACACACACACAAACACAAACACACUUAACUCACAAGCAUUGCUUGGUUGUUAUGGUUGUCGAACAAUUAUAGUGGUAAACCAUGGCUGACGAGGAAGUACUUUUCGACGAUGUCUACGAACUGCUCGAGACCAUCGGAAAAGGACCAUUUAGUUUGGUGAAACGAUGUGUUCAUCGUCAAACUGGUCAACAAUUUGCUGUUAAAAUAGUAGAUGUUGCAAGUUUUACAUCAAGUCCUGGUCUAAGUACAUCAGACUUAAAAAGAGAAGCUACAAUAUGUCACAUGUUGAAGCACCCUCAUAUUGUGGAACUGUUAGAAACAUACAGCUCUGAAGGAAUGCUUUAUAUGGUUUUUGAAUAUAUGGAUGGAUCUGACAUUUGUUUUGAAAUUGUUCGUAGAGCAACUGCUGGUUUUGUUUAUAGCGAAGCAGUAGCUAGCCAUUAUAUGAGACAAACUCUUGAAGCAAUUAGAUACUGUCAUGACAAUGACAUUAUUCAUAGAGAUAUUAAACCUCAUUGUGUCUUAUUGGCUACAAAAGAGAAUUCAGCACCAGUCAAACUCGGAGGAUUUGGUGUUGCUAUACAGUUACAUGAUGGAAGCUCUAUUAAUGGAGCAAAAAGUUUUGAUGAUUUGUCCCGACCCAAUUUGAGUGCUAACGGCCAAGUUUAUUUACAAUCAGACAGACAGGGACGCAUCGGAACUCCUCAUUUUAUGGCUCCAGAAGUUGUAGAAAGACAGCAAUAUGGUAAACCUGGAGAUGUUUGGUCAGCUGGAGUUAUAUUACAUAUACUUUUAUCUGGCCUCACCCCAUUUCUUGGGACUGGUGAUCGACUUUACCACAAUAUAUGUAAUGCUAAAUUGAAUUUUAAUAGACCACAAUGGGAACCUAUUAGUGAAGCUGCUAAAGAUCUUAUAUGUAAGAUGUUAUGUUUAGAUCCUAAGAAACGUUUGACAAUUCAGGAUGUUUUAAAUCACAGAUGGCUGAGGGAAAGAGAUAAGAAUGCAUCUAAAAUACAUUUGGUAGAUACAGUAGAACAAUUGAAAAUAUAUAAUAGUCGUCGACGUUUACGUGGAGCUGUAAUGGCAGCAGUUUCAUCGCCACGCUGGACUUACCAAUCUUCUUUGGAUUCAAAUUCUAACGCUAUUGAACAGUUUUCAGAUUUUGGUGAUGAUGAUAUUAGUAAUUCAGCUGUUGGUGUUAUUCUAAGUUCAUUGGAUGAUAUUCAAUGUAUACAGGAAGCACUUCCUGAUACCCCACAAACUGUUUUACCUUUAUUAGAUGAUGAACAAUUGUGUAAACUGUUAGAACUGUAUCAUUUCAUAAACUCUAGCCGGACUGAUUUGGAAAAGAAGCCAUCUGUACCUAUAUCAGAAGACUUGAUUAGUUUAGUACAUGAUGUCUUGGAUAUACUCACUACAUUACCAAACCAUUCUCAGACAGCUUACGAUGGUGGCCAGCUUAGAGAUAUAUUAACAAGACCAUUUUUAAAGUCGCUGAUGCAAGCCCACGAUGUAGCGGCUCAUGAGAUAUUCGGUGAAGAAGCUGUUCGAGUGACGCCGCCGUUGGUCUUGCCGUAUUUGAACGGCAACGGCAUCGAUGAUGGCGAAAACGGUCUGGACGACGACAUAGAACCCGAGAACGUCACGCGCGUCAGACUUGUACAAUUCCAAAAGAACACCGACGAGCCAAUGGGUAUAACGUUAAAAAUGAACGAAGACGGCAAGUGUGUUGUCGCGCGCAUAAUGCACGGUGGCAUGAUUCAUCGUCAAGCCACACUGCACGUCGGAGACGAAAUCCGAGAAAUCAACGGAAUAUCGGUGUCUAACCAAUCCGUGGGAGCGCUUCAGAAACUUUUGAGAGAAGCCAGAGGAUCCGUCACUUUUAAGAUAGUGCCAUCCUACAGAAGUGCACCGCCACCAUGCGAGGUACAAUUGUUCAGGAUAAAGCCAUUACCUGUGAUUAUAUUUGUUCGUGCUCAGUUCAGCUACGAUCCCCUUCAAGAUGACUUAAUACCAUGCGCACAAGCUGGUAUAACGUUCAACAUUGGAGACAUAUUACAGAUAAUUAGUAAAGACGAUCAUCAUUGGUGGCAAGCCCGCAAAGACAACUCAGCCGGUUCAGCUGGGCUAAUACCAUCGCCGGAACUCCAGGAAUGGCGUAUCACCUGUAAAGCUCUAGAAAAUUCCAAACACGAACAAGAAUCCAGUUGCUCGUCACACGAAGGGUGUGAUGGUACCACCGUUAAUUGCUCAAUAUUCGGACGUAAAAAAAAAUUAAAAGAAAAAUAUCUAGCCAAACACAACGCUGUAUUCGACCAUAUUGACUUGGCCACUUACGAAGAAGUAGUUAAACUACCAUCGUUCCAACGGAAAACGUUGGUUCUUCUUGGUGCGCACGGGGUCGGCCGGAGGCAUAUAAAAAACACAAUCAUCCAAAAACAUCCGGAUAAAUACGCUUAUCCUAUGGCUCAUACAACAAGACCGCUGAAAUCGGGUGAAGAAAACGGCAUAGCUUAUUAUUUCGUUACGUACGAUGAGAUGAUGACCGACAUCAACGCGCACGAGUACUUGGAAUAUGUAGGCACCCACGAUGACGCCAUGUAUGGCACGAAGCUCGACACGAUCAGAAAAAUUCAUCAAGAGGGCAAGAUCGCCAUACUGGACGUCGAACCCCAAGCGCUGAAAAUAUUGCGCACAGCCGAGUUCGCGCCGUUGGUUGUAUUCAUUGCUGCCCCGCCACACCGAUCACUCACAGAUGUGAGUUUUGAUGGAAGUCUAGAAAAACUCGCCAACGAAUCCGAACUGCUCCAACGUGCGUACGAACAUCUGUUCGACAUAACUAUUGUCAAUGAAGACAUCGAAGAAACCAUUGAUGAACUGGAAAGGGUAAUGGACCGAGUGCACUCAACGCCACAAUGGGUGCCUGUUGCAUGGGUAUAUUAAAUUUUAAACGCUACCAACAUAUUAAACUACUAAUAAUUAUAUGAUCUUGAGUGCCACCAACACGACACGGUUCAACAUUUUGUACAACUGACUCAUACUUAACACAUAGAUCUGCAAAUUUUGGUACCUAAUUUGAUUUAUUAAAUUAAUUUGUUUUUCUUUUGUAAAAUUAGCGUUAAGUGGUAACUAAUCACAGAUCUCAUUAAUUUAUAUUAAUUUUGUUUUUAUUAGAAACUGAAGGCGAGUGUUUAUAAGGUUAAUUUAUUUUAUCCAAAUUGUUAGGUCUAUGUUUUGGGUCCAAUAAUAUAAUUAUGUUAACGCAACUAAUACACACGCCUAACACCAACAUUCCCCUUAAUCAUUUGUUAUUACUAUAGCAAUAUUUUGACAACUCAUUAACAUAUUUUGUUUUAAAAACCUAAUUAUUUAUAAGCUACAUAAAUCGAUUUAUUUUGGUACCUAUUAAGUUGAUCCCAAAAAUCAAAAAUAUUAUUAAUAUUAUACUUGUUGACUUAUUUAGUCGCUAUUUUGUUGUUAUAAUUGUAUUGCUCGCGAGAGUAUUUUCUUUAUAAUUACAUAUAUGAAUUAUACAUAGUUACUCAUUUUGUUAGUGACUCGUUGUAGCUUCUAUUGAAGCUUUUUUGACUUAAAUAACAGUGUACAGAUGCCUUGGUUAA